CUUCAUACCCAUUUCACCAUGUUCAAUUAUCGACUAAUAAACCUCAUUUUCACAUGUUCUUCUCUUGGUUUAAUCCUUUAUCUCUUCUUCUCAUCAUUUUUGCUUCUACCCAACACCCGAAUCUUGUCGCACGCAGCUGAUCAGUUCUCGUAUCCCACUUCCAUCGAUCACAUCGUGUUUGGGAUCGCUUCGAAUGCAAAAACGUGGCCUGAAAGCAAAGAAUACGUUACAAUGUGGUGGAAACCGGAUAACAUGCGAGGUUGUGUCUUUCUUGAUGUUCCGUUGGAUGAUAGUAACACCUCGCUUCUCCCGCCUGUUUGUAUAUCCGAUGAUACUUCGCGCUUUCGCUAUACUUGGCGUGGGGGUUUCCGGUCAGCCAUACGGGUCGCUCGGGUCGUCUCCGAAACCGUUGCAUUAAACCAUACAAACGUCAGGUGGUUUGUUUUUGGGGACGAUGAUACAUUGUUCUUUCCAGAAAAUUUGGUGAAGACGCUAUCGAAAUAUGAUCAUGAUCUGCCAUAUUUCAUUGGGUCGAACUCGGAGAGCUUUGUACAGAACAGACUCUUCUCAUUUUCGAUGGCGUUUGGUGGAGCUGGAUUCGCGAUCAGUUAUCCGUUAGCAAAAACGUUGGCGAAGGUGCUUGAUUCGUGUUUGGAGAGAUACCCUCAUUUGUAUGGAAGCGAUGGGAGAAUUUAUUCGUGUUUAGCUGAACUCGGAGUUGGUAUUACUAGAGAAUCUGGUUUUCAUCAGAUGGAUAUGGCGGGAAAUCCAUUCGGAAUAUUGGCAGCACAUCCAAUGGCACCAUUGGUAAGUCUUCACCAUACCGAUUACCUAGACCCGAUUUUCCCAAAAAUGACGAAUAGAGACGCGAUACGCCAUUUGUACAAAGCCGCAGAGUUAGAUCCUCACCGGAUCUUACAACAAACAGUUUGCUACGAUCGUUGGUUUUCAUGGACGAUUUCAAUCUCAUGGGGAUACGCGGUUGAGGUGUUUGAUACCCAUGUGCUCUUGCCGGACGUGCUUCGAGUCCCUGAAACCUUUAGACCGUGGCGAAAAGGUAGCUUGUUGAGCACGUUAUUUAGUUUUGACACGAGGGAACAUGAUGAAGAUCCUUGUAAAAGACCAAUGGUGUUUCAUAUGAACACUACGGUUCGCGAUGGAGAUGAGACUAUAAGUAUUUAUAGAGCAAUGGAAAAGGGGAAUUGCACAACCACCCUUGGAUCUCCAAGAGAAAUUGAAUUGGUCAAAGUGCAUGCUCAAAAAUUGAACCUUAGCAUGAAACAGUUGGUGACGCCAAGACGACAGUGUUGCGACGUGUUACCAUCAUCGUGGCGUGAAGAGUUGGAAAUUGGCAUAAGGGAGUGUCAUGAAGAUGAACUGAUUCGGUAGUAUUCAUUUAAUAAUAUGUUAUGUGUUAAUGCAAGGGUGUUCACGGUCCAGUUAAAAAGCGUAGAACAAUUCAAAUUAGUCAUUAGGUUGGUCUUGUAGACAAUUUAUUUUUAACACUUUUGAGUGUUGGCUUGAAUAUUUUUUAAGCCGUCC